AUUUUAGAAAUGGGAUGUACAGUAACCAGGAAAUAACUGGGGGAGUGGGGAAGUAAGAUUAAACAUUAAAUGUGGUAACAUAACACAUGCAACACAGUCUCUGGGACAUAAUGACAGUCUGCGAGUUCACUAGAACCUGAGCUCACUACAGCACAGAUUCAAAAUCACCAUUGGCUAAAGACUAAACUGAGUGGCAAGGAGCAAGGCCUUGCUGCACUCUUCAGCUGGUUUCACAACUCAGGAUUUUUAGAAUGCUCAACCCAGCAUCAAGGCUGUGGGGCCGAGGAAAACAUGGACAACAGUUAAAGGCAAAUAAAAAAUCUCUUAUCUGGGGAUGCAGAGGCCUCAGGAUAAAGUCUUGCAACCUCUGUUAAACCCAGCGAUCACCUGCAUCAACCUGGAAGAAAAUUUUGAAUGCUGAUACGACCAAUUUUCAUUCAACAAGUGUGUGCAUUUUAGUAGAAGAAAUAAAGCUAACCAGUGAAACAGCGGUAUGUCCCAUAGAGAAAAAUAUAGUGGGGGUAGGGGAGAGAGUACGUUUUGGGAAAUGAUCAGUCUUACAGUACUCUGGGUGCUUAGGGUAGUCUGCUAAGGUGAUUGAGCAAAGAGUCACGUGCAUAUCAGAAGAGGAAACGGGCUAGUGCUGCUUAGAGUUUGUGAGUUAACCCUUCCUGGCUCAAAAGAGGCUAUUGGUAAAUGAGAUGCUGUUUUCAUCAGUAGGAUUUUAGGUAACUUUCACCGAGGGCUCUGCAGUGUAAGUGUUUCUGGGUCGCUAAAAAAAAGAUAGGAAUCUAGCAUGCUUAGAUUUCGAACCAGGAAAAAGGGAUUUAUUUCUGAGCUCCCGUGUCUGUGAGAAGGGCUUUAGGGCCAUGUUUUUCAAACCAGAGUCCAAUGGCCCUCUGCAUCAGCAACAUCAGACAUGCUAGUUUACUAAACGCAGGAACCAGGAAUCUGCAUUUUCCAACCCAAGGCUGACGCAGCUUAAGAACUAGACCUUUCCGAGGGGCCAGCAUCUAUCACGCGGCCAGUUUCCACGCAGGUUGCUUGGUUCCGGCUGGCGCCUAACGUCAUCUGGCAGCGCCGGAAAUGCCGUCGUGCUGCCUAGGAGACAGGACGCGGGCUCUGCGGCUGACAGGGCAGGGCCAGCCGCGCCCACCCGGUCGCCAUGGAGCUGCCUCCAGAGCCGCGCGAUGAUCCCCACGCCUGGGACGAUGACUCGGACUCGGAGCUGGAGCCUGACCCCGACGCGCAGGCCGAGGCUUACGUGGCCCGCGUGCUCAGUCCUCCGAAACUCAGGCUGGCACCCCCGCGCGCCCCUCCUUUGCCCGCGCCCACGGUGUCCCUUGGCACUCUGGAACCGUGGGCCGCGUCCAAGGGCCCGACUGUGGCGGUUCCGGGCCUGCUGAGCCUACCCCCGGAGCUGCUGCUCGAAAUCUGCGCCUACCUCGACGCGCGCCUCGUGCUCCAUGUCCUGCCACGCGUUUGCCACGCGCUGCGCGACCUCGUGCGUGACCAUGUCACCUGGAGGCUACGCGCGCAGCGCCGCGUACGCGCGCCCUACCCAGUGGUGGAAGAGGAGGACUUUGACUGGCCGAAGGCCUGCAUUGAGUUGGAGCAGCACCUGUCACGCUGGGCAGAGGAUGGGCGCAGGGCUGAGUACUUCUGCCUGGCCGAUGGGCACUUUGCUUCCAUUGACUCAGUGCUGCUGCUUCAGGGUGGGACACUCUGCCUGUCGGGCUCCCGAGAUCGCAAUGUCAACCUGUGGGACCUUCAGCAGCUGGGGGUGGAGCCCAGCCAGGUUCUGGUCAAGACCCUGGGAACCCAGAAGAACAGCACUCACAAGGGCUGGGUGUGGUCACUGGCAGCGCUGGACCACCGAGUGUGCUCUGGUUCCUGGGACAGCACAGUGAAGCUCUGGGACAUGGCAGCUGACGGACAGCAGUUUGGCGAGAUAAAGGCCAAGGCAGCUGUUCUGUGCCUGUCCUACCGGCCAGAUAUCCUGGUGACCGGCACCUAUGAUAAGAAGGUGACCGUCUACGAUCCCAGAGCUGGCCCGGCCCUGCUGAAGAGCCGGCGGCUGCACUCCAGCGCCGUGCUGGCACUGCUGGCGGACGACCGGCACAUCAUCUCAGGCAGCGAGGACCACACGCUCGUGGUGUUCGACCGCCGGGCCAACAGUGUCCUGCAGCGGCUGCAGCUGGACUCCUACCUGCUCUGCAUGUCCUACCAGGAACCUCAGCUCUGGGCCGGCGAUAACCAGGGCCUACUGCACGUCUUUGCCAACCGCAGUGGCUACUUCCAGCUUGUCCGGGUACACGUGCCCACAGACCCGCCAAGGACCAUCUGCACUCGAAGCCACCACAAUGUGCUGAAUGGGAUCUGUGCUGAGGGCAACCUGGUGGUGGCUGCCUCCGGGGGCCUGUCGCUGGAGGUCUGGAGGCUGCAGGCCUGAGCAGGUGGAUGUGGGUGUGGGCCUGCCUGUCGGCAGGCGGGGCCAUGGCCUGUGC